CGUAAAAGAGGAAGAACCGCUUUGAGAAGCAGGAAGAUAUCGCUCAGAUGCCGCGUUUGAAUUCCUCACGGUAAUGUGAAGCAAAAACAUGAAUAUCAUCUCUCAGCUACAUCUGGCAGUAUCCUCACUAAUAGAGACACAUCCUAUAAUCCAGUGCAUAAAUAACAAUGACCUCAGAAAGCUCAAGAAAUUACUGAAGGACAAUAAUGUUAAUGGAGAUUACUUUUGUAGCAAAUGGGGUGAUUAUAUAACCCCAUUGAUCUCUGCUGUUGUAAAUCACAACACAGAUAUCUGUUCUUACCUUUUGAGUCAGGGUGCAGACCCAAAUAUACCUUCUCAAUUCCAGCGGACACCUUUGCAUUAUGUCUCACUGUCCAAAGCACCUCUUUAUUUUGUGGAUCUGUUGCUUGAGGCAAAAGCUAAUCCAGAUGGAUGGAGUGGUCCACUGCAACAAGAGAUAUACACACCACUGCAAGUUGCAGCCAUUGAAGACAGGGAGGAGAUCAUGAAAAGGCUCCUCUCUGCGGGUGCUUUGGUGACACUGCCGCCCAUUGAUGUGCCCAUGAAUGAGCCUCAGUGGCUUAUUCACAGUAAAAAAAUAUCUCAGAUGAUUAAUCAAUUUGCAUCAAAUGGAGAUGAAGUGUUUUCCCAAAUUAGACAUUUUUUGGAUGUGGAAAUUGCUGUUGUUGAAAAAACACCUGACGAAGUGUUUAAAAUGUUCAACAGUCACAUGUUGUUAGAGCAUCCUCAGACUCAUCUGACCAUGACUGAAAUCCUUUUUACUGUUACUGGGAAAGGGAAAGAUAAAUACUGCCCGGCUUGCAUUAAAUGGCUAAAGGAAACUGGAAAUGUGAAUACUUACAUUGAAGGUGCAGCCAGUCGCUUUCCAAACAUCCCUCAGACACAUGUAGGGAGGGCAGUUGAAAGUUUGAGUGCAGUUUUCUGCACAAUGGAUCAAAUAUCAAAUGAGCAUGCAGUAGCUAUAAUUCCACGACUACUGAAACUGCUUUGCUUAAAAGAGAGACCGGACAUCUGUGAAUCAGUGCUACAAACACUGUAUGUGAUAACACAGAAAACAAAAGGCACAAAGGACUGGGACUUAGACUUUUUAGAGAACUUAUGCAGAACAGUUGCCCCUUUUGUAAAUGAGCCACAGUGCACUAUGAUCAGGAUCUGCACGUACGGUAUAUUUGCAAACCUGCUGUCAGUUAAACAGACAGCUAAUAUUUUUACAUCAGUGGGCAUAACUUCAGUGCCCGAGGACAUACUGACAUCUGUAGAAAUGGAAAUGAAUGAAAAACUGAAAGAGGUGCUGAGAAGUCUGAAAGAAUAUCUGAGUAAACCAAACUCCAAAUGUGAGGGAAACACAGCCUCAACUUUAGUCAAGAAGAAGAAAAAGAAGAAGAAAAAGAAGGAAAAGACAGAAAAGCAAGAAGACCCAAAUGAUGAAGUUUCCACUGCAGCAACUGAUCCAACAACAAAAGUUUCUGUUUUAGAAUCAACUUCAAAUCUAAAGCCUUUUGACUACAGCACCAAUGAAAAAUCAGAAAAACAAAACUGGCUUUCAAUCAGCAACAGGUGGAGGAGAAAACUGGAGAUGCUUGCUGGCACAGAUGACAGUAAAAUAUCCAGAAUCAGAAGCAUUAUUUAUGUGAAUGAUGCAGAAUUCAGAAUAGCGAAGGGAAGCGAUGGUACUGAAGUCUUCUUGGGGCUGAGAGAGGACGGCACAGAAGUUGCCAUUAAGAGAAUGUCUAAAAGCAACUACGAUGUGCUGAAGAAUGAAGAAGGAAUCCUACGACUUCCUGAACUCGAUCAUCCUUCUAUCGUACGAUAUGUUGAUGCUGCAGAGGACGAGAACUUUGGAUAUCUUUGUCUGCAACUUUGUGAAUACACCUUGGAAGAAUAUAUCAAGAAUGACCAUGACCCACAGAUGUUAAAGGAGCUUAUCAAACAAAUUCUUGAAAGUCUAAAGGUGCUUCACUGUGGAAAUCCUAAAAUUCUCCACCGAGAUCUCAAACCCCAGAACGUUUUGAUUGAUGUGACUGGAAGGGCGAGAUUAGCUGAUUUUGGCAUAAGCAGACGCUUACUCAAAGGCCAAACAACUCUACGUACACGCAGUGCAGGAACCAGAUGCUGGAUGGCCCGAGAGACUUUAGCAGAAGAAGCAGAAGAAUCUGUCAUAUCAUACAAGUCAAGCACUGACAUCCAGGUGGCAGGCAUGCUGAUCUAUUAUAUCCUCUCUGGAGGCCACCAUCCAUUUGGCAAAUCCUUUAAAUGUGAGUCUAACAUUUAUGAUGGGAAGUACAGUUUGGAUCAUGUUCAAGAUGUGGUGGCAAAGGAUCUCAUCGAAUCGAUGAUCAACAAAGAGCCAAAGGACAGACCCAAAGUAGAAGAAUGCUUAAACCAUCCCUUCUUCUGGACUUCUGAAAAGCAGUUAGAAUUUUUGAAAGACACCGGUAACAAGAAGGAGGUGGUAAACUGUCGAAAGGCUGAUGAAAAGCUGAUUGGUUUACUAGAAGCAUGUGCUAAUGGAUCCUUCAAACUGUGGAAAAAUAAGUUUCCCCAAGAGCUGGUUCUAAAGAUGGAAGGGAAAAAACCGCCGUACCCUGAAACCACACUGGGGUUACUGCGCUUUAUACGCAAUCUCCAUGUGCAUUAUGAAGAGGACGCUGCUCAAAUUGACGUAUUGGAGUUAUUUCCUGAUCUCCUUGGGUGUGUUUACAAGUUUACCAAGGUACACGGCUGGAAUUUAGAAGGAAAGAAGGAAAUGUUGCAAAAAGAACAAACAAAGGACAUUAGUGCUGCCUUUGCAAUGAUGUCUACAAGUACGGAUGACCCUCUGAGUUUCCCAGUUCAGGAGUCUCAAUAGUGACUUUAAACAAAGUUGAAUUCAAUAAGGACGAAGGAUGUCAUUAAGGAAUGUAGCAAUGGCAUUGUUAGGCUUAUUUUAGGGGUGCUGAAGCCUCCCUAAAAUAUUCUUAAGCCCCCCUAAAUAAUUUGGUGUUUUUUUUAAAGUUUUUUUUUUUACUUAUUCUAUAUAUUUUUUGUUUUUAACAGAAAUUGCAGACAAAUUCAAUAUAAAGACGCAGGAAUAAGAGUUUAAAUAAAUAGAAAACCUGUUACUUAAAUAUGAUCAUAAUACUGUUGGUCCCUUUCACUUUACACUGUUAAGGUAGCAUCAGUGCUUCGUUAUCCAAUCCAUUCCACUUGUUCACACGCCCACAUUACUGAAAAUCAAGUCCACGUUUUCACUGCUACUUUACACUCUGCUGCAUCUACACCUGCGGACACACUAACAUACAUGCUGCACACAGCAAGACAACAUGGAUAUACGCAAGUUUUUCAAGAAAGUAAGUCUACAUCACUGCUGGUAGUAACAAUUAGUUAGCCCCAGCUAACAGCAGAGAGUCCCAUGUAAUUAAUGAACCAGGUGCUCCCCAUUUUGAUAAAUAAAAACCUGGCUAGCACACUAAGUUAAAUUGUUAGCAUAGUGCUAAUUUCUGUCACUUGUUUUAGCUCUGAAAAAUUGAGCUGAGCUCAUUCAGGUAUUGUUCUCAUCAGUGUUGGUCAAGUUACUUGAAAAAAGUAAUCAGCAACUAAUUACUGAUUACUUCACGAAAAAGUAAUCCCGUUACUUUACUGAUUACUUAUUUUCAAAAGUAAUUAGUUACU